AUGUCCGCCCCUAAUUUUAUUUUUGGAGUUCUAUUUGUCUGGCUAGGACUGUUUGGGGGUCUGGCCAUCGUUUUAACUGUCUGCGCUGGAAUGAUUGGAGCUUUUUAUGGGCUGGGUAAAAACAUAUUUGGGGCAACAGAGAAGAUUUGGGAGGGAGUCUUCUCUCUAGUAGCAUCUAUAAUCAUCAGCUUAAUGGGUGCUGCAUUGCUUCGAGUUUCUAAGCUGCAGGACAAAUGGAGAAUAAAAAUCGCAAAGGCGAUAGAAUCGAAGAUCAAGACCAACGCCAGAUUCACUCACAGAAUCCGACAUUCAACAGAGAAGUACUCCAUGUUCUGGCUGCCCUUUAUCACAGUUAUGCGCGAGGGCAUCGAGGCGGUGAUUUUUAUCGGUGGUGUAGGGUUAAGUUAUCCUGCGAGUGCGUUUCCACUGCCAGUAUUAUGUGGAAUCCUUGCAGGAACCGUUAUUGGUUUUAUGAUUUACAAGGGGGGGAAUACAUUAUCUCUUCAGAUUUUUCUGAUUAUCUCAACUUGUUUCUUAUACCUGGUCGCUGCAGGUUUAUUCUCAAAAGCUAUAGGGUUUUUCGAGGCUGAAUUAUGGAACAGACUGGUCGGACAUGAUGCCUCUGAGACUGGUUUCGGCCCUGGCUCCUAUGAUAUCCAUAAAAGUGUAUGGCAUGUAAAU